AUGGUCCGGGAUGACGAUGAUACAGAUAAGUAUAGGAGGUUAUUCGAUAAGAUAGACAGUAGACACCUUGGUAAGUUCACUUACCUAGAUUUGAAAGAGUAUUUGAAGGAUGUGGAUCAUCCCAUCUCGACAAAUGAUAUUGCCAUUUAUCAUUUAUUUCAAAAUAUGGAUUUAGAUAAUGAUCACUCUAUAGAUUUGAAAGACUUUAUCAAGUACAAUCAAUCAGCUGAGUCUCAAAUAAAGAGUGGGUUCCAAAAUAUUGAUUUGGAUGAUGAUGGUAGUAUCUCAUCCAAUGAAAUCCUAAGCUAUCUUUCCAAGAAGAUCGAUGGUAAUAAAGAUCAAGAUAGGAAACUAAAAAAGUUCUUACAAUGGGCAUUCAACAAGAAUGAGAAGAUUACAUACGAUCAAUGGCAUAAUUUCUUAGUAUUAAUGCCAAGAGGCAACGGUAACACGAGACUAACCACGGCAUUCAAUUAUUAUCACUCAUUUAAUAAUAAUAUCGAUGAUUUAGAAGUAACUUCCGAAGGUGAUGUGACUCUAAUUAACGAUUUUGUAGAAAAGUUCAAAUAUUUUAUUAUUGGUGGCAUAUCUGGAGUGGUGUCGAGAACAUGUACAGCACCAUUUGAUAGAAUCAAGACUUUCCUCAUAGUAAGAACCGAUUUGAAACCAACUCUUUUAAAUGAACAGAAAAGAAAGGAAAUAUCAUUAGAAAGACAUGUAUCUAAUGUCAAGAAAAUACGAUCACCUCUCGUUAAGGCAAUCACCUCCCUUUAUAGGACAAAUGGAUUAAAAGCAUUUUACGUUGGGAACGGUUUAAAUUCAGUAAAAGUCUUUCCUGAGUCAUCAAUAAAAUUUGGCACUUUUGAAAUAACUAAGAAACUAUUACGUAAAUGGAAUCCAGAAACUGGAGAAUUUGAACUUUCUAAAAUUUCUACUUACAUUGCAGGUGGUCUUGCAGGGGUAAUGUCACAAUUUGUCGUAUAUCCAGUCGAUACCAUUAAAUUUAGACUACAGUGCACUUCUCUAGGCAACUAUAGCCAGACAAGCCACAACCAAAUCCUCGUAGAAACAGUUAAAUCUUUAUACAAAGAAGGUGGGAUCAGCAUCUUUUACAGAGGCUUGAUAACGGGACUCCUGGGUAUUUUCCCCUAUGCUGCCAUGGAUCUGGGGACUUUCACUAUGUUGAAAAACAUCAUAUUGAAACAAAGUGGUGGCAAAGAGAACGAACUAACUAAUUUACAGACUUUAUCCAUUGGAGCCACAAGCGGUUCCAUUGGUACAACAAUCGUUUAUCCAAUUAAUUUAUUGAGAACAAGAUUACAAACACAAGGAACUUUUGCCCACCCCUACAAAUAUAAAGGAUUCAGAGACGUCAUGUGGAAAACCAUCCAAAGAGAAGGUUACCAGGGCCUUUACAAAGGCUUGAUACCAACUUUAGCUAAAGUGUGUCCUUCUGUCUCAAUCAGUUAUUUAUGCUACGAAAAUUUGAAAAGACUCACAAAACUUGAUAAGCCUUGA